AUGGAGGAGAAAGCUUUCAACGAGCAGAGCCUUCUGCACAGGAUUCUUGCUUAUUUUAACAUUGUUCGACAAUCACAAGUCCUGAACAAUAAGAUUUGCAGUGAGGAGCCCAUUAGAAAGGAGACUCAGAGUCUGGGAUGGACUCCCCCACAGGAGGGAUGGGUGAAAAUCAACACUGACGGGUCUGUGUUUGCAGAAGACAAAGCUGCAGCAGGAGGCCUCAUCAGAGAUCCAUUAGGUCGUUGCCUUGAGGCCUUUGCAAUCAACCUGGGUUCCUGUUCAAUCACGAGAGCAGAAUUAAAAGCAGUGGAAGCGGGGUUCUCUGCAGCAUGGAGAAGGGGAUUCCGGCGUGUUAUCCUCUGCCUGGAUUCUACUACGGCAAUCAACAUCAUUCAAAAUGUGCAGGAUACUGAUCACAGACACGGCAUUCUUGCCCUGGAAAUCAAUCGUCUGCUUUCAUUGAACUGGGAAGUCUCUAUCUCCCACACCUAUAGAGAGUGCAAUUUUGUUGCUGACUUUCUAGCCAAGAAAGGGCAUAGUCUGCAUUUUGGCACACAUUUUGUUGACUCAAAUGACCCAGGACUUCGGUACUGGUUAUUGUAUGAUGGGUUUGUCCCAAGAACUUUCUGUUAUUUGUAG